AUGUCAGUCUCUUCUUCUCUAUCUACGGCCUCUGGCCUAGAAUACAAGUCAUACUGUGAAGAUGAGAACUUCAUGGCCGAAGGAAAGCCUGAGCCUAACAGUCGCUCCCAGACUGUGGUCAACCAUCUACGCGACAAAGCUUGGUGGAUCAAAGUAACAUUCCAUGGCAUAUUUCCUCCCGUUGCUCACCAUACCAAGCCUGGGCAACUCAGAUCAAAACGCGAACGACGAAUUGAAUUCCAAGACUUUGUCAAGCUAAUCGAUUUCGAGUCACUGGCUCGUCUUGAUGACACUGUAACUGAAGUUAUAUUGAAAGAGGACACAAAGGCUAUCAAGGAUAUCAACCUCCUUCGCGACCCGACAGAUAAGAAUCGCUGCCAAUUCCCGUCGUUCCAAGCUAUCAAAGUCACAGAACUGAGUGAGGAACAUGAGAUCACUGAUGGGGUAUUCCGCGUUUUACACAAGGGCGAUAAUAAACGAUAUGUUCUAAAAGUGGUCAACCGCCCUUUGUACCACCCGCGGGAUUCAGAUGUGCUACGACAAGAACUAGAAAACCUCGAACUAUUCAAGGGUAUAGAAGGGAUAAUUCAGCCAGCUGGCGUUGCAGUGAUCCCCAACCCAUACGCGACUGACCUCCAAAAUCGUAAUCCACAGACAGUUAUCAGCGGUAUUCUUUUGGAAUACUGCGGUGGAGGCAACUUACAACGUGUCUUGGGUGAACAGAGAGUCAAUAAAUUCCGUUGGGGGCAAUGGGAUGUUCAAAUUGGGAAUGCUUUGGACACACUUCACCGGGCAAAGAAGACCCAUAUGGACUUGAAGCCUUCAAAUGUUGUUCUAGACGAUGAUGGCAAUGCAGUCCUCGUCGAUAUUAGCGGCAUCGGCGGCAUGACGCAUGAAUGGCGUGCUCCAGAAAUAAUGGAUGAAAUAUACCCUUUUGAGCUCCCUUUCCAGACUCGUCGAUUGAACGAUACUUGGGCUUACGGUACGCUUCUAAAGAAAAUUGCGUUCAAAGCUGAGGAUAGCCCUUUUGUGAAGACUCUCAAGUUGGUUGCGAAUCAUUUGACUCAAGAUGUCCAUACUCGGUUGACUCUUUCUGAAGCAAUCUCUGUGUUGAAAGCUUCAUCGCAGUCGAACUUGUUUCACGAUGGUGAAAGAGAAAUCCCCCCCGAGGCGCAUAUCUCUCAUCAGAACAUUGACGCGGCCGGACGUCAGAUUCAAUCAUAA